AUGUCUGAGCAAAUUGAAAAUCAGCUCUUUGUGACUGAAGAUAGUGGUGAUGUGGUUAUGGAGGAUGCCAACCUUCAAGAGAGCGAGGAGGGCGAUCCAAUAGUUCGUGAAAUACCUAUAAACCUAACUAAUGGCCCUUUCCCUCUCCAUAUCCUCCAGUAUCCAAAUAAGCCCAAGAAGAAUGGAAACGACCCAGUCCUACACCCACCUGUUAGCCAGGUUCGCUACAAAUCAAAAUCUUCACUUUGGGAAUUGGACGUACCUGUCAAUACAGAGAUUUUCUACGACAAGAAUCGUGCAGAGGAUGAAUGGGAUUCAGUUGCUCAACAGACGCUGAAGGGCGUUGGCGUCCAAACAGAAGGGCAGUAUGUUGGUAUGGUAGUUGAUGAAGAGGUGUACCUACUUCCUGUACAGGCCGUGGCUCAAAUGAGACCAUUUUUCAAAUACAUCGACACUGUUGCUCAGUCAAAGCGUGAAAACGAGGCGAGGGGUGCACAACCAAGUAACCCUGCCGCAAGGAGGGCCCAGGUAGUCACCAUGUCCGUAAAAAGCAGUAGUGAGGCCAACCAACCUAGACUUGGUGGUGCGUUGCUAGCACACAAGGUCGCGGAUGAGGAGCCGCCUCAAGACCUCGAAUGGAUCGAGGGCACUUUUAACCAAUUUCGCGAAAGCGUAAUCACCGAGGACUCCAGAACAAUGAUGCUGCCGCUAGGGGACGAAAACGACUAUUUAUCAAAAGCUAUGUAG